CAGGGCAGGGCGGCCGUGCCGGGAGCGCCGUGGCUGCCCCGUGUCCGCCGAUGCUCCAGCUGUGCCCGGUCACCUCCUCGCUGCUGCUGGGCACGGCCAGGGCGGCGUGCGACGAGGAGCUGCUGCUGCGGGAGGGGAUCACCUUGUGCGUGAAUGUCACCCGGCAGCAGCCGUUCCCCGGCCUGCGGCGGGUCCGCGGCAUCCGUGUGCCCGUGUUCGAUGACCCGGCCGAGGACCUGGCCCGGUUCUUCGAGCCGUGCGGUGCCGCUAUGGAGGAGGCCGUGCGGGCCGGCGGGAGGUGCCUGGUGUACUGCAAGAACGGCCGCAGCCGCUCCGCUGCCAUCUGCACCGCCUAUCUCAUGAGACACCGGCAGCUCUCGCUCAAGGACGCCUUCGAGGCUGUGAAAACUGCCAGACCUGUAGCAGAACCGAAUGCAGGAUUUUGGUCUCAGCUGCAGAAAUAUGAAGAAGAUUUGCAGUCUGCUCUGCUGAGCAAAGGACAUAAAAAUAGCUAUGUGUGAAGAUACUUUAAAGAAAGUGAAGUGACUUGCUACAGACUUUAAAAAAAAGGAAAAAAAAGCACUUCCUAAAUCACCUGUAUGUGAAACACUUUAUCCCCUGAUAUAUAUAAUAUAUAUAUUAUAACUGAG